AUUAAUUUAUUUAUUUAUUUUUACACUUUGGAAGAGAAGCCCCAUAUUCACUGCAGGGAGAAAAAAAAAUUAAUAAAAAAAAAAAUCAUUCAAAAAAACUGAACAGAGCAGCGAAUACAGUUGUUUUUUUGGGUGAAGAAAGAGACUGGGCUGCGGCGACUGGAGGGUUAACUUUGAGUAUUCCCAGCCUAAAAGGGGGUUUGGGGGCUAUGAGAUAAAGAUGCCGGGGUCGCUGAGUAAUGAAGACGAGGGACAAGACGACAUGGAUUUUGAAGACGAUAUGCCAGAUGAAGAUGAUGAAGGUGAGCGCAAUACCGUACCCUUCACGCCACUCUCCAGCUUCUUCGCUGACGAAGACUCCCUCAAGCAGGAAAAGAAGAAGAAGCCCAAAAAGAUGAAAGAAGGGAAAAUAUCCAAAGUUAAAAAAAGGAAAAAAGAGGGACUACAGACGAGAGUGGACAGUGACCUGGAAGAGACGUCAGAGGUAGAGGAGGAACAGGGGCGUUUGGAAAUGUGCUCUGAGAGUGAGAGCAGCGCUUAUGGCUCCACAAAAAAGAAGAAGAAGAAACCGAGGGAAAAGAAAGAGAAGAAGCCCAGGAAGAAGAAGAGAGAUGGCGAAGACGACGAAGACGACGACGACGACGGUAACAUGAAAGAACCCAAAUCCUCCAGUCAGCUGAUGCACGAGUGGGGCCUUGAGGAUGUUCAGUACGGUUUCACAGAAGAUGACUACAAAACUAUCACCAACUACAAGGCUUUCAGUCAGUUUCUCCGGCCUCUCAUUGCCAAGAAGAACCCGAAGAUUCCCAUGUCAAAGAUGAUGACGGUGUUAGGGGCCAAGUGGCGAGAGUUCAGCGCCAACAACCCGUUCAAAGGCGCAUCUGCCACUGCUGUGGCUGCUGCUGUUGCUGCCGCCGUGGAAACGGUUACCGUGGCGCAGCCAACAUCUUUCAGCAGCAGCCAGCUGAGCGCGCCGCUAGGACCAAUCAAAAAAGCCAAAACCAAAGAAGGAAAGGGGCCAGGAGUAAGAAAGAAAAGCAAGACUGUGAAGGAGGUGAAGAAGAAACCCAAGCCGAAGAAGACCAAAUCAAAGUCAGGCCAGAGUGGGAAGAAGAAGAAAGCAUCCUCGAGCGAGGAAGACUUCCUGGAGGAGUCAGACUUCGAUGACAUCAGCAUCCACAGUGCCUCUGUGCUUUCUGAUACCUCAGGGGCCGCCACAAAGAAGAAGGCCCGACGUGGGCGGAAAAAAAGAAAAAAGGAGGACGGCGAUGGCUACGAGACAGACCACCAGGACUACUGCGAGGUUUGCCAGCAGGGUGGAGAAAUCAUCCUGUGCGACACUUGUCCAAGAGCUUACCACCUGGUCUGCCUGGAUCCCGAGCUGGAGAAGGCCCCCGAGGGGAAAUGGAGCUGUCCGCAUUGUGAGAAGGAGGGAAUCCAGUGGGAGGCCAAAGAUGAGGAGGAGGAGGAGGAGGAGCCUGCAGGUGAGGAGGAGGACGACCACAUGGAGUUCUGCAGAGUGUGUAAAGACGGUGGCGAGCUUCUGUGUUGCGACACCUGCCCGUCGUCCUACCACAUCCACUGCCUCAACCCGCCUCUUCCGGAGAUCCCCAACGGGGAGUGGCUGUGUCCUCGCUGCAUGUGCCCUCCUCUCAAGGGUAAAGUGCAAAGGAUCCUACACUGGACUUGGGGCGAGCCCCCGCUGCCAGCAGAGCUGCCUCCGGGCCCCGACGGCCGGCCGGCCGACCCCCUGAGCAAGCCCCCGCUCAAGGGCCGUCCGGAGAGGGAGUUCUUCGUGAAGUGGGCCGGCCUUUCGUACUGGCACUGCUCCUGGGUCAGCGAGCUGCAGUUGGAGCUUUACCACACGGUCAUGUACCGGAACUACCAGCGUAAGAAUGACAUGGACGAGCCGCCGCCGUACGACUACGGCUCUGGUGAGGAAGAGCUCGCCAACGAGAAGAGGAAGAGCAAAGAUCCCCAGUACGCCGUGAUGGAGGAACGCUUCUAUCGCUACGGCAUCAAACCGGAGUGGAUGGUCAUCCAUCGGAUUGUAAACCACAGUUUUGAUAAAGAUGGGGAUGUGCACUACCUGAUCAAGUGGAGAGACCUCCCCUACGACCAGUGCACCUGGGAAGUGGAUGAUUUUGACGUCCCAGAGUACGACACUUAUAAAGCUUUGUACUGGGACCACAGAGAGCAGAUUUUAGGGGAGGAUCAACGCCCCCUUGUGGUGAGGAAAGGAAUAAAACUAAAAGAGGACCAUCCUAAGAGGGAGAUCCCUCCUGAUGCCCCCAUCAUAGAUCCGACCAUCAAGUUUGAACACCAGCCGUGGUACAUCAAUGCCACCGGAGGAACGCUGCACCCGUACCAGCUGGAGGGUUUGAACUGGCUGAGAUUUUCCUGGGCUCAGGGGACGGACACCAUCCUGGCUGACGAGAUGGGACUGGGGAAGACCGUGCAGACAAUCGUGUUUCUCUACUCACUGUACAAAGAGGGCCAUUCCAAGGGGCCGUUCUUAGUGAGCGCGCCUCUGUCCACCAUCAUCAACUGGGAGAGGGAAUUCGAGAUGUGGGCUCCGGAUUUCUACGUGCUCACGUACACCGGAGACAAAGACAGCAGGGCCAUUAUCAGGGAAAACGAGUUCACGUUCGAAGACAGCGCCGUAAAAUCUGGACGCAAGGUGUUCCGCAUGAAGAAAGACACUCCUAUAAAGUUCCACGUUCUGCUGACGUCUUACGAGCUGAUCACUAUAGAUCAAGCCAUUCUGGGCUCCAUCACCUGGGCCUGUCUGGUCGUAGAUGAGGCUCACAGACUGAAGAACAAUCAAUCAAAGUUUUUUAGAAUUCUCAACGGCUAUAAGAUCUACUACAAGCUGCUCCUCACAGGAACUCCACUUCAGAACAACUUGGAGGAACUUUUCCAUCUUCUUAACUUCCUCACCCCUGAGCGCUUCAAUAAUCUGGACGGCUUCUUGGAGGAGUUUGCGGAUAUCUCCAAGGAAGACCAGAUCAAGAAGCUCCAUGACCUGCUAGGACCUCACAUGCUUCGGAGACUGAAAGCUGACGUCUUCAAGAACAUGCCUGCAAAGACAGAGCUCAUUGUCAGGGUGGAGCUCAGCCCCAUGCAAAAGAAAUAUUACAAAUUCAUCUUGACACGGAACUUUGAGGCUCUGAACUCCAAAGGUGGCGGGAACCAAGUUUCCCUACUCAACAUUAUGAUGGACCUGAAGAAGUGCUGCAACCACCCCUACCUGUUCCCCGUGGCUGCUGUGGAAGCUCCGGUUCUACCCAACGGCUCUUAUGACGGCAGCUCGCUGGUGAAGUCCUCAGGAAAACUGACAUUACUUCAGAAAAUGUUGAAGAAGCUCAAAGAUGAAGGACACAGAGUCCUCAUUUUUUCUCAGAUGACGAAGAUGCUGGAUCUACUUGAGGAUUUCCUGGAGUUUGAGGGUUAUAAGUAUGAGCGUAUUGAUGGGGGGAUUACCGGAGGCCUGAGGCAGGAGGCCAUUGACCGCUUCAAUGCUCCCGGCGCACAGCAGUUCUGUUUCCUGCUGUCAACCCGAGCUGGAGGUCUGGGCAUCAACCUGGCCAGUGCAGACACCGUCAUCAUCUACGACUCCGACUGGAAUCCACACAACGACAUCCAAGCUUUCAGCAGAGCCCACCGCAUAGGCCAAAACAGGAAGGUGAUGAUCUAUCGUUUUGUGACUCGGGGCUCGGUGGAGGAGAGAAUCACUCAGGUGGCCAAGAGGAAAAUGAUGCUGACUCACCUGGUGGUUCGGCCCGGUCUGGGCUCCAAGACCGGAUCCAUGUCCAAACAAGAGCUGGAUGACAUCCUCAAGUUUGGGACUGAAGAGCUUUUCAAAGAUGAAAUGGAAGCAGCACGAGCUAUGGGCGACAACAAAGACGGUGAGGAGGGCAACGUGAUUCAUUAUGACGACGAUGCCAUCUCCAAGUUGCUAGAUCGCAGCCAGGACGCCACUGAAGACACAGAGAUCCAGAACAUGAACGAGUACCUGAGCUCCUUCAAGGUGGCUCAGUAUGUGGUGAAAGAAGAAGAUGGAGAGGAGGAGGUGGAGCGGGAGAUCAUCAAGCAAGAGGAGAACGUUGACCCGGACUACUGGGAGAAACUCCUGCGCCAUCACUACGAGCAGCAGCAGGAAGACCUGGCCCGAAACCUGGGCAAGGGCAAGCGGAUCCGGAAGCAGGUCAACUACAACGAUACGACCCAGGAGGACCAAGACAAUCAGUCGGAGUACUCAGUGGGGUCCGAGGACGAGGACGAAGAUUUCGAGGAGAGGCCUGAAGGUGGACGCAGACAGUCUCGUCGGCAGCUCAAGAGUGAGAAAGACAAACCUCUGCCGCCCUUACUGGCACGUGUUGGAGGCAGCAUUGAGGUCCUUGGGUUCAACGCCCGCCAGCGGAAAGCCUUCCUCAAUGCCAUCAUGCGCUGGGGCAUGCCUCCUCAGGAUGCCUUCAACUCUCACUGGCUGGUCAGAGACCUGCGAGGGAAGAGCGAGCGCGAGUUCAGGGCCUAUGUGUCUCUGUUCAUGAGACAUCUGUGUGAGCCGGGAGCCGACGGAGCGGAGACCUUUGCUGACGGAGUCCCCCGCGAGGGCUUGUCUCGCCAGCAUGUUCUCACCAGGAUCGGAGUCAUGUCGCUUGUCAGGAAAAAGGUGCAAGAGUUUGAACAUGUAAACGGCAAACUGAGUUCUCCAGACCUGAUUCCCAUCGGCAUGGAGCUGAAGAAGCUCACUGAGAGUUUAUCCUCUGAUCCCAACACCCCAGUGCCGGCCAGCCCCGUCGCUACACAGCCAGGAACCCCCGUCCCAGCAGAGAAGACGGAGUCUUUCUUGGGUAGCGCCGAGGACAAGGAGACCGCAGAACAAGAUGGGAAGAAACUGCUGGAGCAGGAACCGGCUUCCAGCGCAGAGCCCACGUCUGCACCCGAGAGGGCGGCUGACGGUGAGGAGGGCAAGGCCGGCCCGGAGGACAAGGCGGCCGACGAGAAGAGCAGAACCGAAUCCCCCUCCUGCAAAAACGACCCGUCUGUGAACUCUAAAGAGUCUGCUUUCAAGCAGGCAGAGCUGCUGUCCGGUCACACCCCACCCAAGAUGGACCACUGCAAAGAAACAGAGAAGUCCUCAGACAGACGAGAUGCUGCCGGUUCUCCCCUGGAAAAAGCUGAGGAUAAAGAAAAUAAGCCAGAUGAUGUGAAGAGUGAGGACAUGUUGGAGGGUCGAUUAAAUGGAGACAAAGACACUUUGGAUGAGAUGGACGACGGCAGGAAGGAGGAUAAAAACGGAUUCAAAGCCAAAUUCAUGUUUAAUAUCGCAGAUGGAGGUUUCACAGAGUUGCAUACCCUCUGGCAGACGGAGGAGAGGGCGGCGCUGUCUUCUGGAAAAAUGCACGACAUCUGGCACCGUCGCCAUGACUACUGGCUGCUGGCUGGCAUCGUAACACAUGGCUACGCUCGCUGGCAAGACAUUCAGAAUGACCCCCGCUAUGCCAUUUUGAAUGAGCCCUUCAAAACUGAGAUGCAUAAGGGAAACUACCUUGAAAUGAAGAACAAGUUCCUGGCUCGUCGAUUUAAGUUAUUAGAGCAGGCUCUGGUGAUCGAGGAGCAGCUGCGGCGGGCGGCGUACCUCAACAUGACCCAGGACCCCAGCCACCCAGCCAUGGCUCUCAACACUCGCUUCACAGAGGUGGAGUGUUUGGCCGAGUCCCACCAACACCUGUCCAAAGAGUCUCUGGCCGGGAACAAGCCCGCCAAUGCCGUUCUUCACAAAGUGCUGAACCAGCUGGAGGAACUCCUGAGUGACAUGAAAGCAGAUGUGACACGACUGCCCAACAUGUUGUCCAGGAUCCCGCCGGUGUCAUCCCGCCUGCAGAUGUCCGAGAGGAGCAUCCUGAGCCGUCUCACCAGCCGGGGCAACGAGCCUCCUCCGCAGCAGCCUUUUAGCCAGGGAGGGUUCGGCUGCUCCCAGAUGUACAGCAGCAACUUCGGAGGGGGAUUCAGAGGACCAGGAGGGCAGCCCAUGGUCAACUACAGCCAGAUGCCCUUAGGACCCUACGUCAGCGUGUCCUCUAAUGGCGCCCCGCUACCUACAAGCCAUCUGGACAAGAAAUCACUUGAUUCCUUGAGAGACGUGGCCACGCCUGAUCUCAAGUCUGGCAAACCGAGCGAUGUCAUCUGCAUUGAGGACUAGACCAGUUCUGUAUCACUGACCAGGAGUCAGAAACUCCCGGGGCUGGAAUCUGUGCGGACGACUGCUGCCCUCCUCUUAAGCUCCAUCCUCCUCUUGCUCCGCCUUCCCUUUCUCGUAAUCUCCAAAUCGAGCUCCCUGCUGUGUUUGGAUAAGGCAAAACAACUUGUUUUCUGAUUCAUGCAGAUGUAUGUAUCUUAACAAUUGCACUUUUAUCUUUUAAGGAUCUUAUAGAAGUAUUUCAGUGGUGUUUUGUCGAUCUGUGAGUGAAAGCCGUAGACGGGGAGUGGGGAAAGGAGCGGCUUCUGUGGAAAAGGACCUUAAAUGAGCCUUGCACUAUGAAACAAAACUCAAGCAAGUUUCUGCUCUUCUUUCGGGCUCACGUCGGUCUCGAAAGGAGAGUUUGUUUGAGCGAGCUACAACUUUUUCAAUCUGCGUGCGCCCUCUUGCUUUUAUCCAUUAGCCAACGCACUGUGCACCGUGACUGUGCUGCUCUGCAACUCGUUCCCUGCGGAGAGGAGAGGAAACCAAGGACGUCUUCAGUCACAGUUUGAUAUGAGAUUGUUUUUUGGAGGCCAAUAUAUAAAGUUACUUUUCAUGAAUAUGUGUUUUUACCAUUCUUGUUGUAACCAGUGGCUAGAGUAUUGAUUUUUAAAGCAUCAAAAACUGUUAUGCAGCAGCAGGAUGCAGGCUGUCUGAAGCCCAUUAAGACUGCCACCUGCUGGUAACUUGGAGAGUAAUUCCUGCUAAACCUGCAGCACCUGCUGAGACUGGCCUCUCGUACUGUAUAUACUCAGAGACUGCUGUUUAUUUUACCUCACAUAGGUAUAAUAAUAGUGAAAAUAUGUACACAAACAUGGAUGAAGUUGGAGGCCAGGCUUGGAGCUGAAAAUCAGGCGAGGCAGAGAGAACUUUCGGUGAUGGCAGGAAGGAUUUUUCAAGCAUUUUAGAGAAGUAUUUCUGUGUAUGGUACAAUAUUGUGAUGCUUUCUUUAUUUGAAUGUUAGUAUUCGUUGUAGAGCUUAAACCUGGUGCCACAACCAGUGCAACUUCACCAUGAACAAGAGAUUGCUGGUUCAGAACGACACGCAGGGCAAAAUGAAUGGAGGGUUGCGUUUUUCUCUCUUACGUCCCAGGAAACGUCCCUCGUCUCUUUUAACUGUUUGGACCAAGUAAAUACACUUGCAAUGACGUGCCACAUUCGGUUUAGUGUGGUAACCAAACUUUUUUCCCCCUCUCCCUUCAUGUUGCGGUUAAAUCUGAUAUACUUGGUCAUUUAGUGCCAUGAAAGGGGAUUAUGAUGGAUGAUUUGUUGCUCGAUGCAGCGCAUGUCCUCCACACAGGCAGACACUUUAUAGGUUGCAUCACAGUUUAAACGUUCAUCUGAAGGAAUGUGCUCUGUUUUUCACCGUAGUCUUACGUGCUCACCUUCAUUUAUUUCUUUUUUGUCUUUCGAGUAUGGAUUUAUUUUCCGUGGGUCCACCGUCGUGACAAAUAUGUUUCAGACGGCACCGAGUGAUUUAAUCAUAACUGAUGCAGCGAGCCGUCUCUCACUCCUUAAACAUGAUGCGUCAGGGAAACUCGUCCUCUGGUUCUGGAAACAAUGUCAUGACCGUCGAUGAAAUGUAGUUUUGGACUUCAUCAGAGCAAACAAAACAACUAAAGGGAUUGCUGAGAUGACUAAAAUUGAAUCAGGAGCUGCCUGAUGCAGCACGAAAAGCUGGACGGAUAACGAAUUAUCAUCCCUGAGGAAGAAAUGUGCCUGGAAGAAAAAAAAAUCAUGAAUGAUUCAUAUCAGAAAUCAUUUACAGGUUUAGUGAGAUUUAUUCAAACGAAAUCAGCUGUAAAACUCUUGAUGAUGUUCAAAGGUAAAAGUAGGAGACCAGUGUGAAGAAAACUCUGGGUAUGGGGAAUGAACAGCUUUGUAGUCUCAUGAAAACCUUCCCAGAAAAGAGCGGGGUAAUCAGAACAACAAGUGUUUCAUUUUGUUAAGAAAUGAUGUCAGGAGCCGUGGAACCAUGUCAUGUGGUCUGAUGAGUCCAGACGAUACGUGUUCCAGAGCGAUGGCUGCAUCAGCUGACGAGUGAUCCACCGUGUUGAGAGCCUAAUGUGCAAGUCUGUGGAAGCAGUAUCAUGAUCUGGUUUCAGCUGGCCAAGUCAAUUCUCAGAUUUUAUUUACCCUCAAAAAAUAAGCUAAUCUGAAUAAGCUGGAGGGACUGAGACGAAGUUUCAAGGAUCGGUAUGGUUCAGAUUGUGACACCAUUUUCACACGUGGCUUGAGCACCAGAGUUCAGAUUUCAUGAAGAGUAUUUGGGAUGUUCUGGAGAAGACUUUACACAAUUAUCCAACCCUUUAAUCACAACUACACUACUAACAACACAUUUUUAAAAAUAAAUGGUACACAGACAUUUUUACCGCCGAUUUGCAUCACUGCUUGUUUUGACGACUCUCCACACUUGCAGGACCUGAGGAGACGAGUCAUUUGUUUCAGUUUUGAAGGUGACAUUCUUUCCCCAUAUAUUACUUGAUAUACAGUUUCUGUCACAGUCUGCCACCUCCGGUAUUAGAUUUUUCUGUUUCACAAGGCUUCAGAUGUUUUCAGUAUAUGUGCCACGGGUCGGGCCUGCAGUUAGACCGGUUUACCGUGAAACCCUUUCAUCCUGGAACCAUGCUGUUGUACGUGUAAUUAUCCCGUUUUGACAUCAUCUAGCACAAAAGAAAAAAAACGACAUUUCUUUCUUGAAAAAGACAUCGUCUGGGUUCCAGCAUAUGCCGCUGUAUAAAUUAUUCAGCAUUAAUAGUGCCUUCACAGAUGUGCAAAUUAAUAUGCCCCCAUGCUGUCACAAAUAUUGGCUUUUGAACUGUGUGCUCACAACAAGCUGUGUGAUUCAUCUCAUGUUAAAUAAGCUCAGGGCCCAAUGAAUAUUUCAGAUUUUCGUUUACAUGCUUAUUUUCUUUGCAUAGUGAAGUGUCUGGAUGCUGCAACAGACCGUGUUUACUGACGGGGAAGGUUCCUGAAUCCAUGCAGCGUUUUCCUACACAGACAGCACCAAGGUUGUCCUUAAAGCUGUGCCACACAAAGUCCUGUCGCUGUUGGCAUCUCGGCCCUGUCCUCUGCGUACUGAGAUGUUUGCAGGCUCUUUGAACUGUGUUUUGCAUUUGAGCUGAGUAUAUAGCGCAAAUAUGGGUUUUUAAAAUAAAAUAAAACAAACAAAAAGUCACACAGAACGUUGGACUGCGGCAUAAAGUCUUCUCCAGCCCAUCUCAAAGAUUUCCAAUUAAGAUGAAGAUGGUUUCUUUAACCAUUUCAGCUCCAUGAAUCCUGAUAUUGUCUUCCUGGAAUAUGCCCAUGCCAUCAGGGAAGAAAACUAAAAUCUAUUGACCAAACUUUUUGGUUACUGUUGCUUAAUCUGAUCAACUGGAGCAACCUUAUAGUACUAUACAUAUAAUCCCCCGCUCUCCAUAGCAGCUCCAUGCAUGAUGGGAACAUGAGUUUCUCUGCUGCUCUUCUUACCCUGACGUCACUCUGGAACCAGGUAAAUCUGGACUCACCAUCGUUAUCCUGAGUUCUCUUUGCAUUGCUGACUUCUGCGGACUUUCUUCAGUCACUUUUAACCAAACAUUUGAGUGAGCUCUUAAUUAUUUCUUAAAGCAGAUUUUAUCCCUUGAAGGUUAACUUUUAUUCUUCCAGAUUUUAAAUUUGUGUUGGAUAGUUCGACUUUCAGUGGUCCGAUCGCCCGAGCUGCUCUUCCAACACAAUUGUUUGAAGGAUGAGAAGUUCCUCAGUGCAUCAGUCAAGUUUAAAUAACUGUCAAAGAAGUACUUUUCCAUUGGGAAGCUCUUCAUUUCAUUUUUUUCUUUUGGGUCCCUUAGUGUAUUUCAGUUUUUGCAAUUAUUGCUGAAACAUCUGGUCUAAAAGUGCCAGUCUUUGGGUCAAUGAA